CCAAAAUCCAAGAUGGAGGACACUAACAUCGGCGAUGGACGGCUCCAGAAAAUGGAAGUGGAUUACAGCGAAUCGGUGGAUCGCAGAAUCCCAGAAUGUCAAACACUUGCUAAGGAUGGAAAGCUGAGUGAGGCUUUGGAAAGUCUACUGUCGCUUGAAAAACAAACAAGAACUGCAGCAGAUAUGCAUUCCACAGCACGAAUUCUUGUAGCAAUCGUCAGUAUGUGCUUCGAAGCCAAGGAAUGGGGUUUACUGAAUGAGCAUGUACUGCUAUUGACCAAACGACGCAGUCAACUCAAGCAGGCUGUUGUGAAGAUGGUACAGGAGGCAUGCAGUUAUUUAGAAAAAACGCCUGAUAUGGAGACUAAGCUGAAGUUGAUUGAUACCCUGAGAACGGUCACAGCUGGAAAGAUAUAUGUUGAGAUUGAGCGUGCUCGUUUAACGAUGACCUUGGCCAAGAUUAAGGAAGGUCAGGGUGAGAUCACAGAGGCAGCCAGUAUCCUUCAGGAGUUACAGGUUGAGACUUUUGGUUCCAUGGAACGUAAAGAGAAAGUGGAGUUUAUCUUGGAGCAGAUGCGACUAUGUGUAGCUACUAAAGACAUUAUACGCACUCAGAUUAUUAGCAAGAAAAUCAACCCCAAGUUCUUUGAUUCCACCGAGGAGAGUAUUCAGGAGCAGAAAUUGAAGUUUUAUAGAUUGAUGAUUGAGGUGGAUCAACAUGACGGUGCAUACCUAGACAUCUGUAGACACUACAGAGCCAUUUAUGAUACGCCAAUUAUUAAGGAUGACCCAUCGAAAUGGAAGGAGAUAUCCAAACAUGUGAUUCUAUACCUGGUACUGUCACCGUUUGAUAAUGAGCAGUCCGAUCUGAUCCAUCGAGUAGCUGCUGAUAAGAAUCUUGAUGAAAUACCAAAGUACAGGGAUUUGUUAAAGUGUUUUACCACUCAGGAGUUGAUGCGAUGGCAACAGGUGUGUGCAAUCUAUGAGGGGGAACUCAAGAAAGGAUCAACUGACAGUUUACCCACAGAUGUCUUCAGUGAUAAUGAGCAGGGAAAACAACGCUGGAAUGACUUACGAAACAGAGUCGUAGAACAUAACAUCCGAGUAAUGGCCAAGUACUAUGAGCGCAUCACUUUACAGAGGAUGGCCGAGCUAUUGGAACUCGCGGAGAGUGAGGCAGAGGAGUUCUUAUCUAACCUAGUCAUCAAGAAAACCAUCUAUGCCAAGGUAGACCGCCUCGCUGGCAUCGUUAACUUUUCCCCUGCCAAGGACCCCAACGAAAUCUUGAAUAACUGGUCCAGCAACUUGAAUGAACUCAUGCAACUGGUCAACAAGACAACCCAUUUGAUCAACAAGGAAGAAAUGUUACAUCAAUUCACUCGUUAAGUUAUCUUGUUAGGUGUCACUUUCAUAAAGCCUGUAAAGCACAAAAAACUUGCUAAGUACAGAAAAGUACAAAAUAGGUAACCAGCCUAAAUCACAGUAAGUUUACAUUGUUGCGACUGGUGCCCCACUCAAUUUAUGCUUAGCAAAAACAAAUUGUCAAGCGUUUUUGUUCUGCUUCACAGCUUUAUGAAAUUGGCCCCUGGUCUCACUUUGGAUGAUGAACAGACUUGCUCGUUUACGUAAAUGUUAUCACAGCAGUUUGACAAACUGACAUCUUUAGUUGCACUCUUGGCUAGCAUGACAGCAAAAGAUUCUAAGUGAACACCUAUCUGGUCACAGUAAAUAAACACUGUUCCUGCUGAAACCAUAAAUGCUUGUUGCUGUAUUCCAAGAAACAUUUAUUACUUACAGACUUGCAAAUAAACAUACCCUUACAAUUGUUAUACUACUGGAAAGAGUAUCAUUAGUAGUAACAAGAGUAUAAAGAAAUACAUAAACCUAUAAGUUGCUAAAAAUGAUCAUAGUAUAAGUAACGCAUUACUUGUACAUUACACAAAAGUCUUGAUGCAAUUACAGUAACAGCAUGUUAGGGUAAUGGUUUACUUUUUUAACAUUCAUAAAUUUGGAGUCCAAGGACCAAACUGCUUUCCCAAGUUGCUGUUUUAAGCAUUUGCGUGUUCUACGGAAAGUCCUGUAGUUAGGCAGAGCAGGAACAUUAGGGACUGUGAGCUUAAAAAGAAGUUUAAGUUUCAAAGUUUAAGUACAUUUGUUAGCUUGUGAAUAAGUUGAGUUGUAAAUACAGUAUGGUAGCUUGACUUGAUUGGUCACAAGCGAAUACUUAAUUUGGGUUCGACAGACAAAAUACAGUGUUGUUUUGUGGUUUGGGGCAAGCCUUUGUAUAGCUACCUCCAAAUGGGCAAGCUUAGCACCAUUGUGCAAAACACAUUCAUUCAGAAUUGCGUAUGAAUGCAAAAGCUUUCCCUGAACUAUGUGAUAUUGCAACUCUGCAGUCUGGGGAAUUCAAACUUUAGCAGUCACUUGUGACUAUAAUGUACACCAAACAUUAUUCAAAUCUAAUAUGCAAAUGACUUAUUGGAGACUAAAAAUAACAAGUUUUCAAGUGACCUCUAAUUUA